UCUCUGGCAGUGGCUGAGUGAGAGAUAGAUAGAGCAGACACACAGAAAACCUGGUCCUCUCAGCUGCCCAAACAGCCCAGGCAGCAGGGCAGGCGGGUACUGUGCAGCAAGGCUCUUCUUACCAGGACGAUGGUCUUCCAGACGUUACCACCUAAGUGAGAAGCAGGCCUGGGGUGCUGGUUUCCUUGCCUCUGCCCUUACCAAGCCGGAAUUGGGAUGUCAGGAGUUUUGGAGGAGGAUCCCGAGGGUCUGGGCCCUCUGGGUCUGCCAGCGUUGAGCAGAGCUUGCUUAACCACCGUGGACAAGAAACUUAACGCGCUGAGUGAGAAGGUUGACAGACUCUUGCAUUUCCAAGAAGAUGUCACAGAGAAGCUGCAGUGUGUGUGCCAAGGCAUGGACCACCUGGAACAAGGUCUUCAUCGGCUGGAGGCCUCCCGGGAGUUUGGUCUGGCAGGGCCUGACAGUCCUCCUCAGGCCACUGCUCAGGCUGCAUGGCCUGAAGUCCUGGAGCUGGUGAGGGCCGUGCGGCAGGAGGGUGCUCAGCACGGUGCCAGGCUCGAAGCCCUCUUCAAGAUGGUGGUGGCUGUGGACAGGGCUAUUGCUUUGGUAGGGACCGCUUUCCAGCACUCAAAGGUGGGUGAUGCCGUCACCCAAGGGAACGUGCCCUGGAGGAAAGGCAGCCUAGCUGACCGCUCUGAGGAGAACAAGGAACAAGCAGAAGUUACGGGAGUAAAGUCGAAGCAUGUGCUGAGUCCCCGAGGUGAGCAAGCUGAUCCCCCCAGGAAACUGUGGGAAGAGAGCCAGGAGGACGCGCCAGUGGGUAGAGUGGAGAGGCUGCCUCUCAUCAUCAACACUUCACUGAAAGGAGCUGACUGCACCCCGGCAGGAGCCUCACUGAGGCAGGGAGUUGAAGUUCUUGGCCCCAGCCAAGCAGCCCCACCCACAGAAGCAGAAUCCAGGCUUCCCGAAACAUCCAGUGAGAAUACUGGGACUACCCUGGAAUUGUCUGUAGCACUGGACAGAAUCAGCGAGGUCCUCACCAGCCUCAAGAUGUCACAAAGUGAGGGACAAGGAACCUCAUCCAGCAAGUCUGACUCUUGGCUCUCAGAAGAGGGCAUGAGACUGAGUUCAGGGCCUAGCUCUCAGCCCUUGGGGCCACUGACUCCAGCCAGUGAAGUUCACGGUGGUGAAGCACUCCCCAGGAUCUCUAGUCAUGUGCAAGAGAUGGAUACUGCUGGGGAGCUGCUUGAGACACAAAGGGGCAUUCCCAUGGCCUCUGCAGAAGCACCAGCAGUUACCCAGCCUGAUGAGCAGGACCCACAUCCCAAAGGCCCUGGAACUGAGCUGGAAGAGCAGAUCCCUAAGGGAGCCAGACCAUCUCUACCCCUGCCAGAGAGGGGUAUCGACAAUGGAGGAGUGAGCACAGAGGAGGAGGCAGGGCCUGGGGCUGAGCCUCUCACAGGACCAAGCUUGGCCACAAGGGACUGUGGAGAUGAGGCUGUUGGGACCACAGACCUGCAGCAAGACACAGACCCAGGAGCAGGGAAGCCUGAGCCUGGGAAGGACCCUGCAGCCAGGGGCUCAGGGGGAACAGAAGCUGGAAGGAGGAUGCCUGCUCCUGCAGAGGCUGCCAUCAUGGUUCUUGAUGACAGUGCGGCACCCCCAGCCCCUUUUGAACAUCGGGUAGUGAGUGUCAAGGACACCUCGAUCUCAGCAGGCUACACAGUGUCCCAACACGAAGUCUUGGGAGGGGGCCGGUUUGGCCAAGUGCACAGAUGUACAGAGAGGUCCACAGGCCUUGCACUGGCAGCCAAGAUCAUCAAAGUGAAGAACAUCAAAGACCGGGAGGACGUGAAGAAUGAGAUCAACAUCAUGAACCAGCUCAGUCAUGUGAACUUGAUCCAACUUUACGAUGCUUUUGAGAGCAAGAACAGCUUCACCCUGAUCAUGGAGUAUGUGGAUGGAGGGGAACUCUUUGACCGCAUCACGGAUGAGAAGUACCACCUGACGGAACUGGAUGUAGUCCUGUUCACGAAGCAGAUCUGUGAGGGUGUGCAUUACCUGCACCAGCACUACAUCCUGCACCUGGACCUCAAGCCAGAAAACAUACUGUGUGUCAACCAGACGGGACAUCAAAUUAAGAUCAUUGACUUUGGGCUGGCAAGAAGGUACAAGCCUCGGGAGAAGCUAAAGGUGAACUUUGGUACUCCGGAGUUCCUGGCCCCAGAAGUUGUUAACUAUGAGUUUGUCUCAUUCCCAACAGACAUGUGGAGUGUGGGAGUUAUCACCUACAUGCUACUCAGUGGUUUGUCCCCAUUUCUAGGGGAAACAGAUGCAGAGACCAUGAAUUUUAUUGUGAACUGUAGCUGGGAUUUCGAUGCUGAUACCUUCAAAGGACUAUCAGAGGAAGCCAAGGACUUUGUUUCUCGGUUGCUGGUCAAAGAGAAGAGCUGCAGGAUGAGCGCCACCCAGUGUCUGAAACACGAGUGGUUAAACCAUCUGCCCACCAAAGCCUCAGGAUCCAACGUUCGUCUCAGAUCCCAACUGUUGCUGCAGAAAUAUAUGGCCCAGAGUAAAUGGAAGAAACAUUUCCACGUGGUGACUGCAGUCAACAGGUUAAGGAAAUUUCCAACGUGUCCCUAAUCUUCAACUCUGCUGCUCCACUGGGCCCAGGAAGUUUUGAGGCAACAUGAGGUGGUAAUAUGAAGAGAUUAUUCAAGAUUUUAUGUAGUCUGGUCUUUUGCUAUUAUUGAUUCUUCUUGGUUUGCAAAGAAUGAUGGAAGAAAGAGAGAGAAAGAAAAGAAGAAAAAAGAAAAAGAAAAGGAAGAAAGCAAGGGAGGAAAAAAGAUUGCUGCUGCCUUCCUUGUGGAUGAAAAGUUUUUUUUUUUUUUUUUUUUUUUUUAAGCCUUAGGAACAUUUCUCUACCUUGUAAGAUCAACAGAUCCGAUAAGCUGCUACCUCCCCAGUACCCUUACUUUUAGUAAUAAGGGAAGGCAUGCUCAGGAUGGGCAAGGGAAGUCCUACUUGGCUUUUGUCAAAUUAGAAUUCUAAACUUGUCAUGAUUAAAGAACUCAGUAGGGAGGGAAGUAUGGAUCUGGAAAGUGUUAGGAGCAAGAGCGGGGAAUGAACAUGAUCAGAACAUAUUGUAUGAAAUUCUCAAAGAAUUAAUAAAAUAUAUUUUAAAAGGGGAA